UUCGACCUAACAGAGCUACUUCCUCUGCUUCUGUAAACACGGCUCAGCCUUUUUGCCUGAAUAAGGCAGUGCUCCUCACUUUUUGCCACCGUUAACCCUUUUAUUUCCCACCCUGUUCACUUGCCCGUUACAUAGUAACGGGCAAGUAAGAGUCGAUUGAGUCGAUUGACUUAUAUUUGUUCUAACAAAAAAGAGAGUUAACAGAGGGAACCCACUCGGACAUCGUCCAGGAUUCAGUGACUUGACCGUGGGGGUCUUAGCUGAGGGUGACAGAGAUGGAUGGACUCUGUCCUCCUCCUUUAUCCUAUUUUGGGUGGUUCAUGUACGCAAUCCCCACUCUCUCUCCAAACAUGCAUCCUUAUGGAGUAGGGAUGUGGAGAGAGGCGUCAGGGCUGAGCUCUCCCAGCUCUCCUCACACAACAGCUUAAAGGAAGAAGGACCAGAGGACCCAACUGAGCUGAACCCAAAAGAACUGCCACAGGACACACCAGCUUUCAUCCUGAUAACAGCCAAAUGAACUCAUCCGACAUGGAGCCAAAGACUGAUGGCGGACCGGCAUCUCUGACUAGGGAAAAACUGGCUGCUGUUGAGGAUGAAGAGGUUCUCAACAAGAUGCUGGACAGCACGACCGAUUUCGAAGAGAGGCGGAUGAUCCGGGCUGCUCUGAGAGAUCUCCUCAAGAGGAAGAGAGAGAAACGGGAACAGGAGCGAGGCUGCAGGCAGCAGGACCUCCGGCAGCAGGGCCUGACCAAAGCAGGAGCAGCAGGUGGAGCCGCCGGCGUGGGGAGAGCGUCCAUGACCCUGCAACCGUCAGCUAACAAGCCGGCAGGCCAGUCGGCCCCAUCGUCCUCCACUCCGCCCAACAGGACAGCAGGCAGCAAGGCCAAUCCCGCCGCAGCUUUAGCCCAGAAAUGUCCUCCGGCUGCAGCACCCAAUGCUAAAAAUGUCAAACAGAUGCUUCUAGACUGGUGCCGGGCCAAAACAGAGCCAUAUGAGGGGGUGAACAUCCAGAACUUCUCCUCCAGUUGGAAAGAUGGCAUAGCCUUCUGCGCCUUGGUGCACAGAUUCUUCCCCGAUGCAUUUGAAUAUUCCAUCCUCAACCCCAACAAACCCAGGGACAAUUUCGAGUUGGCUUUCAGCACUGCAGAGAGGCUGGCCGGCUGCCCCCCGCUGCUGGACGCCGAUGACCUGGUCCGGAUGAAGGAGCCCGACUGGAAAUGUGUGUACACGUACAUCCAGGAGUUCUACCGCUGCCUGGUGGAAAAAGGGCUGGUCAAAACCAAAAAGCGACCAUGAACUCAGAAUCAGCUUUCAGGAGUUGGCAUCCACUUCAUGCUUAACAACCGAUUUUCAAAAAUGCCCCAUUUCAAUGUCAAAAAGACAUUACGCAGCAAUUAUUCGACUAAACAUUAACUGCUAUUGCUUUGAUUUAUGAAUGUAAACGCACUGCACAGUGAUUUAUGGAUAACGUUUGUAUUAGUUUGUGAGUAACGGGGACUUAUGUGUGUCCGUGUGUUUUCACUGGACAGCUGGUGCUUCGGAGCAGCACAUUCCACUGUGAUUACACAUCUGCAUUAAUCCCACAGUCAAUCUGAGCUCGUCCUUUAUGAUGAUGCUCUCCAUGGCCUGAGAAUGUGAGUAUUUAAUGGUCCAUUCAAUAAAUAUCCAUUUGGUUAAACAUGCUGUUGUUCUUCAGCUUCAACUUGUCACUGAAAAAUCAUUAUCUGUUGAAAUGUUUAGGAAGUCUUUGUGGUUCACUUGAAACUCCAGAAGAAGUUUCUUAUGAAUGGCUUAGUGCUGUGCAGAU